AUGGCAAGUGAUAAGGUGUACAGGCCAGCCGGCUUUCUUGAAAGCUUUCACAUAGCGCGUCAAGACCUUAAGCUCGACUCUAGUGUCAUCGUCGCUGGCCGAUUCGUAAAUGCUUCCGAUGAACACACGCGUUUGACAAAGGAACAAGUGUACCUGGCGAUUCUUCAUGCACUGCGUACACAUGCUGCACUUUCUGUGAGGGCCGUACCGAGCUCAGGAAAAGCUACGAAUGGAAAGACAAAGGCUGUAUACGCACUGGAGAGAUUGGAGACCCUCAAUUUAGAAAAUGCUGUUCGUUUCUUAGACGAGGAGGAACAGGAUCUUGCAAAGAUCAUGCAGGACGAGUUCACCCGGCCUCACCGUUCAGAUGGUGGUCCCAACACGCCAUUGUGGCGACUAACUAUCACUUCUCGGAAUACCGUCCUUUUCGCAUGGCAUCACUGUAUUGGCGAUGGACAGAGCGGCGUCGCGUUCCUCCGUACUUUCCUCGAAGGUCUCAAUGCCUCUGAAGAUGUUCCUGCUGACUUUGAUUGGAGAGUCGUGAAGACACCAACAACCCUCAAUCUGAUACCACCACUUGAAACGCUUACGGACCUCUCCGUGUCAUUACGUACCCUUAUAUCUAGCAUCGCAGGACUCAUCAUCCCUGCCUCCUGGACGAGGGCACGACGCACAUGGACAGGAACACCUGUCUCCUCUGCACCAUGCCCGUUCCACACGCGUGCGCGCGUUCUCACCGUCCUUCCGGAAAACAGUGCGUGCAUGCUAACUACCGCAAGGGAACACGGAACAACACUUACAGCGGUACUCUAUAUGCUCUCUGUUGAAGUGCUCGCAAGAUUAGUUUCCUCAGAUAAGCGAAAUGCGAAGUAUACCCGUCUCCAAUGCAGUGUUCCCAUAUCGCUCCGUCCACUUGCAAAUCAACCACUUACUGUUAUGGGAGAAUUUGUCUCUGUAUAUCAUGCUUCAGAGCGUGUCUCCUCCUUCCCUUCCUCGAAACCCAUCGCCAAAUCAAAUUCGAAGGGGGAAAGGGACACGAUCAAAGAGAUCAACUUCGACUGGCAACGCGCUGCGUCGUUCUCCAAGAAACUUCACGCCGCAGUGCCCAAAACACGUGAAACCGUUGGUUCAAUGAAAUACCUCUUUGGGAACUACGAAGGCUUCUUCAGAAACAAACUUGGGAAGAAACGCGCCGUGAGCUUGGAGCUUUCUAACGUUGGUGCCUUCAAAUUGGAAGCACCCUCGGAUGGGGAAGCUCAGGCAGGGUGGACCAUUACAGAGGCGUAUUUCGCUCAGGAUGAUUGCGUGGCUGGGCCAGCAAUUACACUCAACCCAAUUGGAUCUCCAUCUGGAAGCGUCAAUAUUACUAUAACGUGGGGAGAAGGCGUCAUUGAGGACGAGUUCGCGGAGGCGUUCGUACGUGAGCUUGGUAAUGCAAUUGAGAAAUUUAAUUCUCUGUUGACAAGUAUGAAUGCGAAAUCUCCUUAACUUGAUGUUCUUUCUGAAACAUAACUCAUUUGAUUUACUUCUUUUUUAUCUACGUUUUUUGGAUCACGACAAUGCUGUAGUUUGGACAUCUAGACUCAACUAUGAAUAACGAAUU